AUGACAAUGGAUAUGCUGUACAUAAACUGUGUUUGUGUAUUAAAAGCUUGUUUCAAGGACAUUAAUAACAAUCUUCAACACAUGCAAGAACUCAUAGUAAACAGUGAAUCACGUGUCUCUUUGUUUUAUUACGAACAAAGAAAUCCAUUCUUAAUAAUAAAGCUUAAGAUUUUGGAGAAACAACAUAUGAUAAUCAGCAAUACAGUACAGAUGCUCAAUAGGAUCUUCAGUGUGCAACUACUUGCUUCGAUAAUCAUAACUUUUUGUCAAAUCAAUCUAGAACUGUAUAUUUAUCUAGUUCAGUGGCAUGAUGGGUUGGUCAUCAAUUUAAAUGCACAAGUUGAUGAGUUCGUCCUAUCAGCUAUGAUUUAUUACAUAAUAAAACUGGCGUUAAUUGUGUGGGCCUGCGAGACUUGCAAGAAUCAGGCUCAAAAAAUCUGCACUACAGUUCACGACGUUCUCAACAGCGCUAAAGAUGAGCAAAUAAAAAAUGAGCUGCAUUCCUUUUCCUUGCAAAUGUUACAUUGCAAAAAUAUAUUUUCCGUCAAAGGUCUCAAUAUAGACGCAACGUUUCUCGCUACAAUGGUGGGUACCAUUAGUACAUAUAUGUUAAUUUUGCUACAAUUCUUGAUCAUGUUCCACUCUUGCGAUGAAAAGUCUACAGUCAAUAUUACGUGA